AGCGGUCAUCCUGUUUGUGGAAAGCGAUAUCACUUCAUUAUCCGGAAUAGCGGUAUUCCGAUAUCCAGUUACCAGCAGACAUGUCCGCGCUGUCGGGCUCCGCUGCACUCGUCCGGCUUAAGCUGCAAUUCAUGCAACUACGAGAUGAAAUCUGGUGAUAUAGAAGAUUGGAUGAGUCUUCAGUUCGAAGAUCCUACUCAUUUGCUGCAUGGUGUCGUGCAUGCUAAUGGUUACGGCCACCUUCUUAGGAUUAAUGGCCGCGAGGGUGGCUCGAAGAUUUUAAGAGGAUGUGAUUUAAUGGAUUUCUGGGACAGGCUAUGUAAAUUCCUCCGUGUCAGAAAGGUUACGCUCAUGGAUGUCUCGAAGAAGCAAGGCAUGGAGUACCGGCUCCUCCAUGCAGUCACCUCAGGCCGAUCGUGGUAUGGAGACUGGGGAUACGAAUUCGGUGCUGGAAGCUUUGGUCUCACCGCUGAUGCCUACCAGAAGGCAGUAGACACCCUCUCCAGCACGCCAUUAUCUCUCUUCCUCCCCCAUGACCGACCACCUCGCACCCAACUGGAGAGCACCAUCUCCUUGUAUCGAGCCCUGUCGGACCGCCCGCUAAGGACGGUGAGCGACCUCUUCAGAUACUUGGUGCAGUUGCUUCGGGAUUCCCAUGAACAGAAACAUUCAGAACUUACGAAGGAGGAGGAGGCAUGGACAGCGGAGGAUGUCGUGCUGGCUGAGGAUGCCAUCAUCGAGUUUUUACGAGACGUUGGUUGGUUCCGGUGGGUCACCCAGCGUUCUCUCAGGGAAGCCACAUGCCGGGCUAUACGGUCGCCCGAGCUGCUUGAUUACUGCCUCAAGAGAAUGGGUGGUAAAUUGACUGAUGAUGGCACCAUUGUUGCAGUCAGAUGCCAUGCUGGGACUAAUGUUAUCGAGUACAGGCUUGAAGCUAAUUCGACGAAGCCAUUGCCUGCUCAGUACCUCUGCAGGCCAUCAGCCUAUCACCUCCUCCAUGACAUGAAGUUCCUGUAUGAUGCGCUUCUAAACCCCACGACCAUGCAGCCCUGCAAGCCUCAGUUGAAAUGGGAGCACACCCGGAAUGCCGCAUCGAAGCUCCUCGACUGCAAGCAAUUCAUUAAACACUACGACAAGAUGGAUGAUCUGGGGGCUUCAAAUCCAUUUGCAGUUCGCAUUUGUUGUCGUGUCGAGGUGGUCGACCGGCCGAAGGAUUACACCGCUCCCCCGCCGGAGCUCCUGGUCCUUCCCACAGCUGCUACGGUUGCAGACCUGAAGUCUGAAGUCACCAAAGCAUUCCAAGAGACUUACCUGAUCUUCAAAAACUUCCAAGCUGAACAGGUUCUAGUAGAUCACAGAGGUGUUGGUGAUGCCACUCGAAUUAAGCAUAUACUUAGAUCGAACGAGAUCGUCCGAGUUAGAGGGAGGUGCCUGGCGGGAGAUGAGGACAGGCUCGAGCACUUCCGGAUGGAGAGGGGCAUGGAUGAAUGGAUAGUGGACUGCAUCUGUGGAGCCAAAGAUGAUGAUGGCGAGAGAAUGCUGGCUUGUGAUAUGUGUGGGGUGUGGCAGCACACAAGAUGUUCUGGGAUCAGUGAUUUGGAUGAGGAGGUACCUGCACAGUUUGUCUGUAGGCUGUGUGGAAGCUCCAGCAAGAGCAUCAUUUCUAGUGACAGCACCACUUUUGGGAGGUGCCAGAAUCAGCAAUUUCAUCAGUCACCGCAGAGGGUAAAUAUAGAAGUUUGACCUCAGUGGGGUGACAAUGUGAAUUGAACUGAUAUGCAUACAUAGAUUAGGGAUACCAGAUUUGUUGAUUGCAAUAGUUACUAUAAGAAAUUUUUUUUACUCUCUUCUUGCAAUGGGUAAAUACAGCACAAUGUAUCGGUUUCACUCAGACUUCAAAUGGCAAGGUCAAGGAAGAGGAGAAAAAGAUGUAAUAUAUUAUAUUUAACUCAGAUUAGGAGCCUUGGUACUUUUAGAAUUUUCAGAACUUGAGCUCCA